AUGGCACAAGAAGAAAGUACGACCCUUCACCAUCACCCUGGAAAGCAGCAUACUCAGCAAGCUCGUUCCACGAUUCCAAAAAAUCAGACUGAGAAUUCACCACAAGACACGUCGUCACUGUCGCAAUCAAAAAGCAUCGAAACGCCGCCGGCUCCGAAGCCAUCCCCAACAGCCACACUGCACAAGAGCAGAGCUACGACACCCGCAAUCACGCUCACGACAUACAAACCCCAAUCAGGAAUACCCUCAGAACUUUCGAUUACCACCUCCUGCACUGCACGCGAGUAUCAAUAUCCGCCCACCUACGACAUGUCUUCCGCGCUGCAAGCGCAGCUUGAGCCGGCCUCGUAUUUCGCGAAGUUUAUUGGCGGAAGCGGAGACGUUACCAUCGCGAAGGCAAACCUGGAGAGCUACUUUGAGGAGUUAAGAAGGGAGUUUGAGGAGAAGACGGGCAGGAUGUGGGAGCCGCUGUUGCCGGUUAGGGACGUAGUUUGGAGUCUAGAGGACGAUGAGGGGGAGAGCGAUGGGGACCAAGAGGAUGGAUGUGAGGAAGGGGAUGGCGUCGGGUGCUUGUAG